AUGGAGGAGCCACUGAAUUAUGGUCACCAACAUCCCUUGCUUCUUUUGAAUGAAGAUCAGCUGAUUGUAGCUGACUGCUCAAGGUGUGGCGAGAAGGUGUCAACUCCAUGUUUUAGCUGUGCCCAGGAUUGUGGGUUUUACCUUCACAAGGCAUGUGCUGAGGCACCUUUGGAGCUUAAUCACCCUUUUCAUCACUACCAUCCUCUUGUUCUUAUGGAAAACCCACCUUAUAAUUCACCUGGAGAGUACAUUUGCGCUUUAUGCCGUCAAAGUGGUGACAAGUUUGUAUAUCACUGCUCGUGCGAAUUGGACUUUCAUAUUAAAUGUGCUCUAUUUACAUUUAAUAUUGCUGAAAAUCAUUUGAAAGAGCUUGAGCAUGUUGCCCUUCAACAUCCAUUGAUUUCCACUAAAAGUGGUGAUGAAGAACUUGAAGAUGUUUCUAAAUGCUUUUGGUGCUGGGAACCAUUAGCAAAUUAUACAUACUUUUCUCUUGACUGUGGAUUUAAUUUACAUAAGAAAUGCGCCGAGCUUUCUUUCAAACUGAACCAUGUGGGCCAUCGCAAGCAUUCUCUUGUUCUACAAUUUAAUAGCGAACAGUUCUCUUGCAAGAUAUGCGGAGAAACCAGUGGAAAAGGUUUAGGAUUUAUUUAUGGUUGUUCACCUUGUAAGUUUGCUGCUCACUUUGAAUGUGUAUCAGCAGCUUUAGAUCUUGUUGUUGAAGAUAAAAGGCAUGAACAUCCUUUCAGUUUGUUUCCGAGAGGAUCAUCAUUCAUUUGUGAUGCAUGUGGUAUUGAAGGAAGUUAUGCUUCCUACAUAUGUUGUACAUGCAACAUUAUGGUCCAUAAAAAGUGCACUUCAUUGCCACGCAUCAUCAAAAGCAAGUGGCAUGAUCAUCGCAUUUUUCACAAAUAUUUCCAUCACACAGAAGAUUUUAGAGUUUUGGAUUGCAUAAUAUGCUAUAAUGAAGUCAAUACAGAGCAUGGUAAUUACUAUUGUUCAAAGUGUGACGAUAUAUUCCAUGUGAAGUGUGCAAUGAAGGAUAAAAAUUCAUAUGAAAUAGUAGAAAAUGAAGAUGAGAUGCCCAAUGAAAGUUCCAUCAUUGUUAUUGAGAGGAACAAUGCUGAAGAAGCUAGAAAAGUAACGCAUUUCAUGCAUAUGCAUAAUCUAAUGUUAGGUCCCUUUGUUGGAGGAUAUGAAAAUAGUUGUGAAGGGUGUAUGUUGCCAAUCACGGAUCCAUUUUACUAUUGUACAGAAUGUGUUUUUUUUCUUCAUAAAGCGUGUGCCGAGUUACCUAAGAUGAAGAAUGUUUGGCAUUAUCGUUGCCAAGAACCUCUUGCCCUUAUUUCGUACAAGGUUUUUUGGUGUGAACAAUGUUGGCAAAUAUCUAAUUCCUUUGCUUAUGAAAGUAGUGAAUGUGAGAGUAAGAUAUGUCUCCGAUGUGUGAUUGCUCUUACUCCUGGUGCUCGAACAUGUUUGAAACAUGAACACCCCCUCUUUUUCUGCGGAGACCACAAAGGCCAGUACUGCAAUGCUUGCGGUUAUACAACAAAGGGAGAUGGGGCAUUUUGUUGUAAGGAUUGCAAUUUUGUACUACAUCUUGAAUGUUUUUCACUUCCAAUUACAGCUCGUCACAAAUGCGAUAAGCAUAUUCUUUCACUCACUGAUUAUGAUGAUAACAACUAUUUAGAAAAUCAUCAUUGUGAUAUCUGUGAAGAAAGUCGAGACCCAAACAGUUGGUUUUAUCAUUGUGCAAAAUGCGAUACUUCUUCUCAUGUUGGUUGUGUUCUUGGAACAUAUCCAUUACUCAAACUCGGGAGCAUCUAUGAAGAAAAAAAUCAUCCCCACCUACUCACCCUUGUGAAGAAGAAGUAUGAUUACCUUGAUUGUGAUAAAUGUGGUUGGCCUUGUGAAGAUAUAGCUCUUGAAUGUUUAAAGUUGGAAUGCAAAUAUACUGUCCACUGGAAUUGUGUAGCACCCGUUUCUCUACUGAGUUGGUGGAAGUGGCCCUUGCGCAAAUAUAUUUGA